GGCAAAAGUUAAUUCAAACAAGGUUUCCACGCAGUCAAAUGAAGCCUCUGAUAACAAAAACACAGCCAUCUGUUGGACACCCAUGAUUUAUAAAAAUGAGUCAUCUGAACGGCAAAGUGCCUCAAAAAAUUCAUUAGAGGUCAAAGAGUGCCUCAGGCCUCCAGCAGACUCAAUUCAUAAAGAUUCAGAGGACAAUUCAGACCAUUGGGCAAAGAGACGGAAGCUGUUCAAAGAGAGCAAACAGCGAAGUUCUGCAGGAGGAAGCUCCAUAACUAGCAAUAUUACUGAGGAAUCAGAAACAAUGAACUCUGAGGACACUCGAUCAGUGGAGAUAUCAAUGCGAUAUAUUGAGGACAGAGGAUUUUACACUGAGACAUUUCACUCUGCAACAUGGAUAUACCGUGGAGAUGAUGUUAACCAGAAUGAGAGUCCACACUGUCACAGCAGCCACACACGACCAGCAGCAAUUUGUGAGCGGACGGUGAAGAUCAGCAAAGGCAUGGGCGAGUAUCCCUGGGGCUUCAGAAUUCAGUUUUCCAAACCCAUUGUGGUCACUGAGGUGGACACAAAUGGAGCAGCAGAGGAAGCGGGGCUUCAGGUUGGAGAUUAUGUGCUGGCAGUAAACAGCACUGAUGUCACCAGUGUACCACACUCAGAAGCAGCUGACCUCGCACGGCAAGGUCCAGACCUUUUAACUCUGACCAUCGGCUCUGAUAUUGGCCGAAUGCCUAACACUCCACGGCCAGCAUGUAGGGGUUAUCUGCAUAAGCGAACUCAAUCCAGUUUGCUAAAGGGCUGGAGGAAGAGAUGGUUUGUUCUCAGACAUGACUGCUGCCUCUAUUAUUACAGAAACAAACGUGAUGAAGGGAAGAGCCGAGCACUGUCUGUGGUGAGCUUGGAGGGUGCGUUAGUAGAGGCUGAUACCAGUUUGGGAAAGCCUUUUGUGUUCAAAUGCUGUCCUGUCUCUCGAAACCGAGUUUACUACCUCUGUGCUACAUCAAACCAAGAGAUGAAAAGGUGGCUGGAGUCUAUGGGCAGAGCCGUUCAUCCCAUUACUCAGAAUCACGUUUGGGUGGAUGUGACUCGACACAACUCUAGUCUGCCCCCUCUGGCAGUCAAGAACCCAGAAUGUCUUGGGUUACUCCAUCAGCUGGACAAGAUCAAGGACACCUGGGUGCAGCACUACUGUGUACUGAAAGAUGGAUGCCUCUAUUUCUAUGUGAGCAUUCGAUCAACCUGUGCUAUAGGAGGAAUCUACCUGCACGGCUACACAGUGCGGGACCAGCCACUGGGAUCCAAAAGAUCCACUAUUGAGCUCAAACCUCCAUCUGAAGAGUUCAAAGUAUUUUACCUCUGUGCAGAGAAUGCCAACGAGAACAAACGGUGGAUCAGUGCAAUAAAAACAUCAAUUGGAAAAUGGCUGCCUUUGCAUCAGGCAAUUCAAGACUACAUGAGUCGUCCACCUGAGGAAACUAGAAUGUGAACAAGACUAAUUACAGAUCUUGUCAUAACUGAGCUUUCUCACCAAAUGAUUAAUUCAGGGACAACAACAUUCAAAUCAAAUCGAAUCAAAUCAAAUCACUUUAUUGUCACACUACCAUGUACACAAGUGCAACAGUAGGUGAAAUUCUUGUGUGCAGUUCCGAGCAACAUAGCAGUCAUGACAAUGACGAGACAUAUACCAAUUACAGUAAACAACAUACUUACACAACACAAUAAUUAUACACUCACCUAAAGGAUUAUUAGGAACACCUGUUCAAUUUCUCAUUAAUGCAAUUAUCUAAUCAACCAAUCACAUGGCAGUUGCUUCAAUGCAUUUAGGGGUGUGGUCCUGGUCAAGACAAUCUCCUGAACUCCAAACUGAAUGUCAGAAUGGGAAAGAAAGGUGAUUUAAGCAAUUUUGAGCGUGGCAUGGUUGUUGGUGCCAGACGGGCCGGUCUGAGUAUUUCACAAUCUGCUCAGUUACUGCGAUUUUCACGCACAACCAUUUCUAGGGUUUACAAAGAAUGGUGUGAAAAGGGAAAAACAUCCAGUGCGGCAGUCCUGUGGGCGAAAAUGCCUUGUUGAUGCUAGAGGUCAGAGGAGAAUGGGCCGACUGAUUCAAGCUGAUAGAAGAGCAACUUUGCCUGAAAUAACCACUCGUUACAACCGAGGUAUUCAGCAAAGCAUUUGUGAAGCCACAACACGCACAACCUUGAGGCAGCUGGGCUACAACAGCAGAAGACCCCACCGGGUACCACUCAUCUCCACUACAAAUAGGAAAAAGAGGCUACAAUUUGCAAGAGCUCACCAAAAUUGGACAGUGGAAGACUGGAAAAAUGUUGCCUGGUCUGAUGAGUCUCGAUUUCUGUUGAGACAUUCAGAUGGUAGAGUCAGAAUUUGGCGUAAACAGAAUGAGAACAUGGAUCCAUCAUGCCUUGUUACCACUGUGCAGGCUGGUGGUGGUGGUGUAAUGGUGUGGGGGAUGUUUUCUUGGCACACUUUAGGCCCCUUAUUGCCAAUUGGGCAUCGUUUAAAUGCCACAGCCUACCUGAGCAUUGUUUCUGACCAUGUCCAUUCCUUUAUGGCCACCAUGUACCCAUCCUCUGAUGGCUACUUCCAGCAGGAUAAUGCACCAUGUCACAAAGCUCAAAUCAUUUCAAAUUGGUUUCUUGAACAUGACAAUGAGUUCACUGUACUAAAAUGGCCCCCACUGUACUAAAAUGGCCCCCACAGUCACCAGAUCUCAACCCAAUAGAGCAUCUUUGGGAUAUGGUGGAACGGGAGCUUCGUGCCCUGGAUGAACAUCCCACAAAUCUCCAUCAAAUGCAAGAUGCUAUCCUAUCAAUAUGGGCCAACAUUUCUAAAGAAUGCUUUCAGCACCUUGUUGAAUCAAUGCCACAUAGAAUUAAGGCAGUUCUGAAGGCAAAAGGGGGUCAAACACAGUAUUAGUAUGGUGUUCCUAAUAAUCCUUUAGGUGAGUGUAUACAAUGCACAGUAAACAAUACACACAAUAUAGAAUACACAAUAUACAAUAAGUGGGAGUAUAUGAAAUAUAUAUAAGUAGUUGAAUUGAGGAGAAUAUGUUGACAGUCCAGUGUGAGAUUAUAGGUUAAUAAAGUGCAGUGCUAAUUAUUGAUCCUGAUAGAUCAAGUGUUCAACAGUCUGACUGCUUGGGGGAAGAAGCUGUCAUGUAGUCGGCUGGUGCGGGUCCUGAUGCUGCGAUACCGCCUGCCUGAUGGUAGCAGUGAGAACAGACCAUGACUCGGGUGGCUGGAGUCUCUGAUGAUCCUCCGAGCUUUUUUCACACACCGCCUUGUGUAUAUGUCCUGGAGGGAGGGAAGCUCACCUCCGAUGAUGUUUCUGGCAGUUUGCACCACCCUUUGCAGGGCUUUGCAGUUGUGGGCAGUGCUAUUGCCGUACCAGGCGGUGAUGCAGCCAAAUAUCAAUAAUAUCAAUACAGAAUUGACUGAUUUCUUCAUUAUCUCUAAAAGUUGCCAAGUGAAUCUCCAAACAAUUGACCUGUUUGCAUGAUAACAUGCCCCUAAUGACUUAGAAAGAAUUAGUCUAGUUGUUCACUGUAAACUGUUUACUCUUUCAAAUGUCUGAUUUUAAAGUAUGUAUAAUUUCUCAAAGCCUUGUUUUAAAUUAGUAGUCAAUUUAACAAUAAAGGUUGUAGGGUACAACAGAACAAAAGGCUAUGCAAGGUAAAAGGCAUUUUGUUCUUAUUUCUUUUCACAUAAAUAAUGUUGCUCUAUCAAUAUUCAAUGAAAAUAAAUGUAUGUCUUGAAUCUUGAUACACU